GGUUGCCAAUCAUCGUUAGAAGCAACGAAGAAGAAGAAAACGGAAACUACGAAAUUUUCGCGCGAAAUGUUAUAGGUGGCGGUUUUGAGUUUGUUUCUGUAAGUAAUGUUUUUCGAGCCUUGUUUUGAAUUACAGCAGAUAAAUAGCGCAGCUCGAGUUUAAUCCCGAACAAGUGUCGUUUUAGUCUUUAUUAGAGUUGUUUGGCAGCAGACAGGGGAAGCACGAUGACAUAUUUCACCAGACAGAGAGUCAGACGAGUUUACAAAUGGCGUGGAGAGCCUCUGAGUUUCAAUAGGAAGCUAAAAACCUAUGAAUACAGCUCCUUGGCUAUCAGUGUGGAGGGUCUCGCCAGGGCCACCAUCAUUACCACAGGCCAGCACAUCCUCAUCGAGGGGGAGGAUGACGACAACCCAUACGUGGCCAGAGUUGUCAGGCUGUUUGGUGACGAGAGCGGGAAGCAGAAGAAGGCGGUGGUCCAGUGGUUCGUUCGUGUGUCUGAAGUGCCUCCAUUCAAAUUGAAGCUGCUGGGCAGGAAGCCUCAUCCUCAGGAGAUCUUCUACUACCAGGGUCGCAGCUGUGAUGACGAGGUCGACGCCGAGUCCAUCCUCAGACCUGUGCAGGUGAAGCGCCUGGUCGGAGCAGCUCCCUUCCCUGACUCUGACGACAAAGACACCCUGUAUGUGAAGCUGUCCUGGGACUCCAAGACCUUUAAGGUGAUGGAGUCUGAACCUUCUCUGGCUUCUUCCCCUCCUGCUUGUCCAAAACCCUCCCUCCCCCCCUCACCUCCCUGCUCCCCACCUGCAGCAGCUCUGGCGUCUCGAGCUCCCCCUCGGCACGUUUUGCCCACACCGGACCCCGCCGUCAUGCGCAGGGCCACCUCAGGGGAGGUGAGGUGCAACGGUGCCACAAUGAGCACAGGGAAGGCCGGUGCUAUGGAGGCCGAGUCCCUGCACUCUGCCACCAAACUGUCGGCCUCAAAGUGUCUCAGCUCCAAGAGGAGGAACGCUUCAGCCAGGACGCCUGGGGUCCGCAAGAAACUGGAGCUGUGCAGUCCAGAGAAGAUGACCCGCGAUGACAUGCUGCUUCAGCUGCUGGACAAGGAGCUGGAGAAGGAAGCGAUGUUGGUUCAGAGGCCGCCGUCCUCCCCCCUUCACACCCUGGACCUCGUUGAGAGACUCACCCCCAUCAGGAGGGCCCACAGGGCUCCUGUCGCUAAGGACGCCGUCCCUGUGACACCCUCCACUCUCGUCAUCAACAAGCUGUCCGCUUCGGAGAUGGACAGUCCUCCAUCGUCGGCCAGAGACGACUCCACCAGAACCAGAGAUGGACAUGCUGGUGCCUCUGUCAGUCCGCAGCAGGGUGAUGAGACUGAGGCAGAGUUACUGAUGGGCUCGUUUAAAACCCCGAAGAGAAGAAACGCCACCCCUGGGAGAAGCUAUGCCCUCAGAGGGCAGACAGCCACCACUCCUUCUCAGAAGACUGAGGUGAAAGCCCUGAAGGAGCCUGCUCUGGGGGUGCUGGCUGAGGUGGAUGAUGAGAACUCCCCAGUGCUGCCGGCUGCCAUCACACCGAGGGGCUCUAAGAGGAAGUCAGCCCAGCUGGUGUCAUCUCGCAUCCGGAAACAGCUGAAUCUUCUGGACACCCAGGACCUGAGCUCAGACGGAGAUGACGAGGAUGAGUUCCUUCCUUCCAAGAAGGAGCAGCAGAGCAGCAGUGAGGAGGAGGAGGCAGGGCUGGACAGUGAGGAGGAAGUGGUGAUGAAGAGGGGGCGGCACACUGCAGCGGGGUCUCAUACUCCUCGCUCAAAGCGGAAAACCCGCUCGUCGAUGAGGACGCCACGAAAAACUCCCAGCAAGAAGACCACACCCAGCACGCCACGGACCCCCCGUCACGCCACUCCCAGCAUCCCCAGCAGAUCGCUGCCGGCCCGACAACCAGCAAAUGUCCUGGAGGAAGCCAGAGAGAGGCUGCAUGUGUCCUCAGUGCCAGAGUCUCUGCCCUGCAGGGAGCAGGAGUUUCAGGACAUCUACAGCUUUGUGGAGAGUAGGAUCAUCGAUGGCACAGGAGGGUGUAUGUAUAUCUCAGGUGUGCCGGGCACAGGGAAGACGGCUACAGUGCACGAGGUGAUGCGCUGCCUGCAGCGCGCGGCCGACGAGGACGAGAUCCCUCCUUUCCACUUCAUCGAGAUCAAUGGGAUGAAGAUGACAGAUCCUCAUCAGGCCUAUGUGCAGGUCCUGCAGAAGCUGACUGGUCAGAAGGCCACAGCCGACCACGCCGCCGCUCUGCUGGAGAAGAGGUUUGACAACCCUGCGCCCAGGAAGGAGACCACUGUGCUGCUGGUGGACGAACUGGACCUGCUGUGGACCAGGAAGCAGAACGUGAUGUACAACCUGUUCGACUGGCCCACGCGGCGUCACGCCCGCCUGGUGGUGCUGACCAUCGCCAACACUAUGGACCUGCCCGAGAGGAUCAUGAUCAACAGAGUGGCCAGCAGACUGGGUCUGACCCGGAUGUCGUUCCAGCCGUACAGCUUCAAACAGCUGCAGCAGAUCAUCAUGUCGAGGUUGAACAAGGCGAAGGCCUUCGAGGAGGACGCCCUGCAGCUGGUGUCCAGGAAGGUGGCCGCUCUGUCGGGAGACGCUCGCCGAUGCUUGGACAUCUGUCGCAGAGCCACGGAAAUCUGCGAGCACUCUGCCACAGGAUUGGUGGGGAUGAGUCACGUGAUGGAGGCGCUGAAUGAGAUGUUUUCCUCGUCCUACAUCAUGGCCAUCAAGUGUGCGUCAGUGCAGGAGCAGCUCUUCCUCAGGGCCGUCAUUGCUGAGUUCCGGCGGCUGGGAUUGGAGGAGGCCACUUUCCAGCAGGUGUUCGUGCAGCACCAGGCUCUGUGUCGGGUGGAGGGUCUGAAGCCCAUCAGUGUGUCGGAGGGACUAGCCGUGUGUCAGCGUCUGGGAGCCUGCAGGCUGCUGCUGCUGGAGCCCAGCCACCUGGGAGUCAUGCAGCGCAUCCGCCUCAACGUCAGCCAGGACGACGUGCUCUACGCCCUGAAGGCCGACUGAUGGAGGACCCUGUGCAGGGUGGGGUAUCUGGACCAUGGAGUGUGUGGACACAGCCGUGUGUUGGGAGCAUGUUGCUGAUGAAGGUGUGAGUCACCGGGGCAGCGGUCGGGUCCUGGUCCGUCACACAAACCCAGUUUUUAAAUGACUUUUUGUUGGUGCUUCAUUCUUCAGUAGUGAAGCAGAAACCUCAUUCUUCUUUUAUCAGACCUCAAAGCAACAGAGGCAGAGUAACCCUAACCACACAUGAUGUGUGUGGCCCAAGCAAGUUUGUGCUGUCUCUGAGUUAUUUAAAAUGUGAGAUGUUGCUCCUUCUCAUAUAAUAAUAAUGUUAAUAUAGUGAAUCUUUUUGUUUUAAUAUGUGGAUAUGCAAUAAAAC